CCGGGGAUUGGCAGCCUAGCCCCGUUACGCACUCACCUCGCGUUCACAUACCCGGGGAGGGCAGUAGAAAGGUGAUCAAUCUUCAUCAGGCUACAUUUCCAAUCACCUAAACAACCCGGCGAGACAAGCCACUCCGACAAGGUUGGCCGCCCAGAGGGUCUGUGUGAGGGCGUGAGGUAGAUGGUGAGCGGCCCCGGCAGCUGAGGGCAGGCCGGGCCCCCAGACGCAACAGAGCUUGAAGGACUGCGCAGUGGGAGCCCCGCACUGCGCCUGGCCCCCGGCCCCCUGGAUCCGUCGGGGCGCCUCCACCCAGCUGUUAGCAUGAUGUCUUACCUCAAACAACCCCCAUAUGGUAUGAAUGGGCUCGGUCUAGCCGGGCCAGCCAUGGACCUCCUACACCCCUCCGUGGGUUAUCCGGCCACCCCACGGAAGCAGCGACGCGAGCGCACCACCUUCACGCGCUCUCAGCUGGACGUGCUCGAGGCGCUCUUCGCCAAGACUCGCUACCCAGACAUCUUCAUGCGCGAGGAGGUGGCGCUCAAGAUCAACCUGCCAGAGUCCAGAGUCCAGGUCUGGUUCAAGAACCGCCGCGCCAAAUGCCGCCAGCAGCAGCAGAGCGGGAGUGGGACCAAGAGCCGCCCAGCAAAGAAAAAGUCGUCCCCGGUGCGGGAGAGCUCGGGCUCCGAAAGCAGCGGCCAGUUCACGCCGCCUGCUGUGUCCAGUUCCGCCUCGUCCUCCAGCUCUGCAUCCAGCGCCUCAGCCAACCCGGCGGCGGCAGCGGCUGCAGGCCUGGGCGGGAACCCGGCGGUGGCGGUCCCGUCGUCGUUGAGUACGCCUGCUGCCUCCUCCAUCUGGAGUCCUGCCUCCAUCUCGCCCGGCUCAGCGCCCGCUUCAGUGUCGAUGCCCGAGCCUUUGGCUGCACCCAGCAAUGCAUCGUGUAUGCAGCGCUCGGUAGCCGCAGGAGCCGCCUCGGCUGCAGCCUCCUAUCCCAUGUCCUACGGCCAGGGCGGCAGCUAUGGCCAGGGCUACCCCGCGCCCUCCUCUUCCUACUUUGGCGGCGUGGACUGCAGCUCGUAUUUAGCGCCCAUGCACUCGCACCACCACCCGCACCAGCUCAGCCCUAUGGCGCCCUCCUCCAUGGCGAGCCACCAUCACCACCAUCCCCACGCACACCACCCGCUGAGCCAGUCCUCAGGCCACCACCACCACCAUCACCAUCACCACCACCAGGGCUACGGCGGCUCGGGGCUCGCCUUCAACUCUGCCGACUGCUUGGAUUACAAGGAGCCUGGCGCUGCCGCUGCAUCCUCCGCUUGGAAGCUCAACUUCAACUCGCCUGACUGUCUGGACUAUAAGGACCAAGCCUCAUGGAGGUUUCAGGUCUUGUGAGCCCAGGAGUGGGAGGAAGAGAAGAAACGCAACUACCUGCGCCCUCCGUGAUCCCCGUCCUGUUGCUGCUGCUGCUGCACCGCCCGCCUUUGCCUCGGCUUCUCCAGACCCGAAAUUUCAUGCCCCCAAAAGAUGCCCAUUGCUGCACUGCCGCCCUCAUCUUUGUGCCACUUGCUUGGGGGAUGUGCAAACCCUACCCACCCCUUGGAUGGGGGGACCGGUGCUUCGGCUUGGCCAACAAGUUCUAUACAGGAGAGCUGUGUGCUCCCCUCCUCAGCCCCCACCGAACUCCCAAGUCGCCCUCUUCUAGUCUUUCUGGACAGUUACUGUGUAUGCACUUGCAGCCUUCGGAGGCUUUUCGCUCUGUCUUGCUGUUUGAGCCCUACACUUUAAUUUAUUCUUUCUGGACACUGGAGUCACUAACUGGCAUGUAUCUGCCUGUUGGGAGUGUACCCACACUCUACUCCAAAUCAAAACAACCACUAAGCGUUUCUCGCCUGCAGACUGCCACCAGCCCCGCUGGUGCCCUCAGCUGCCCUCAGCCCCGCUCCCCGCCUGCAGGCCAGAGCCUCCUGGCGUUUCCUCCUCUUCUGCCCGAUGCGCUUGUAGGAGACCCAAGGGAGGAAGCGUCCUUAGCCUCUCGCGCACAGCCCCGCCCUGUGUAGAACUGGCUCAGGCUUCCGCCUCGGCGGGAAUGCUGUAUAUAGUCAGGUCCGUUCCAGGGACCAUUUAAACUUUUUAGUUGCUGUUGGUUGAACUGAGCAUAUCUUGUCUUAGAGCCCAAGAAAUAGAACUUUAAGAUAUAUACAGCAUAUAUAUAUAUAUACACACACAUAUAUA